AUGUCUCGUUGGACUCCAGCGACGAUUUCCCAGUGGAUCGACGUCGGAUUAUCCCUGCCUACAUCGUUUUUCCGAUGGCCGAGGCUUUUCGCCUCCUACCUGACGCCGUCAGCCUGGGGCGACGGUCUCCUCGGCGUCCCUCUCAGUACAAUUGAGCCCGGUCGGUGGGCCCCACGCCUCCAUUUGCCAGACGUCGACGACGUCGUGUGGUCGGUCGUCUCCGCCGUGGAGUCCGUCGUGCUCGUCUCCUUCCUCUGCUUCUUCUUCGUCUUAUGCGGCUGUACCCUGUGA